AUGUUGGGCUGCAUCUUCAAAAUUGAUCAGCUCGAAUUUAGUAAAUCUGGGCAGUGUUGGAUCGCAGAUCUUAGUCUUUGUAGCAAAGAUAAUUAUGAACUGAAAGAUUUAAUGAAACAAACAAAAUCUGAUAUAGGCGAUGAUAUUACCUCACUUGGCUGUUUACUUAACCGACGCGGUGAUCAUGAACAAGCGAUGAAUUAUUACCUACAACUACUGUCAGAACCGUCUACAGAGCAAUUAGAUAGAGCUCGAUGCUACUAUGGACUGGGAGCUGCAGCAACUGCUCUCGGUCAGUAUGAUCAAGCAUUAGAAUAUCAUUUCAAGGAACUCGAGAUUCAUGAGAAAAGAAGUAAUCGACGCAACACUGCUCUAACUCACAUGGUAAUGGGUCAAAUUUAUUGGAAGAAAGGAGAUCUCGACACAGCUCUAGCAUAUGAAGAGAAAGCUUACCCGAUACUGCGCUUAUUUGCUGAUCCACAGCUUUCUAACGUUCAUCUAACGAUGGGUAACAUUUACAGAGGAAAAAACGAACCAAAAUUAGCUAUUCAACAUUAUGAAACAGCGCUCGAGCUCAACCGACAACAACGACUUCCUGCUGAUCAUGAAAAUUUUGGUAUUAUUUACACAAACAUGGGAUUGGCCUAUAGUCGCAAUCAAAAGCCUAAGAAGGCUCUCGAAUAUUGUCUUAAAGCCAAAGAAAUUCUGUUAAAAUCAUUGCCACCGACCAACUCGAGGAUUUCAGAAAUAGAAGGAUAUAUUCGUUGUAUAAGAGAACAGAUUGAACAGAAUACAAAAUCUUGA